AUGGGAGUUUGUAUUUCAAAGGAAAAGAAAAAAAAAUCCUGUAAUUACGCUACAUCGUCUUAAGUAAACCUCUAAAAAUUUAUGAUAACUUAUGAUAAACAAACUAAUCUAUUAUAUCGUUCAACUAAAUUUUAAGCAGAACUAUAACCAAAAGAAUAUGAUUAUACAAGUUAUUAUUAUAUAUAUCUUUAGAUCCACAUCGGCAAUAUAAUGUAAUUCUAAAUGGAGCUGUUUUUGCCAUAGUCAAUUCUAUAGAGGGAUCAUUUAAUGAUGAACCAAUCAAUAACGACAAUUGA